GUGCGCUGUGUCCCUUGGACACAGCAGAUCAUGGAAAGAGCCGAAGAUGUCGAAUCACAGCUGAUCACAUGGGACAUGUAAACUGAUCAUCAGGGCACUGAUGAUCAGUGUGCCCUGAUGAUCAGUGUGGCCCCAGAAGUGCCACCUGUCAGUGCUCAUCAGUGCCACGUGCCAGUGCCCAUCAGUGCCACACCAAUGCCACAUAGUGCAUACCAGUGCACAUCAAUGCCACAUAUCAGUGCCCAUCUGAGCUGCCUUUCAAUGUCACCCAUCAGUGCUAGUCAGUGCCACCUAUCAAUGCCAAUCAGUGCCACCUAUCAAUGCCAAUCAGUGCCACCUAUCAAUGCCAAUCAG